UUUUCUACCGCGAGCGACGAUUGUGUGAAUUAAUUUUAUUUUCGCAUUUUGCUUUGCACGACCACGACGGUUUCCGCGAAGGAGUCUAAUCGAAGCAAAUUACCGAUUCUUGUUGGUGGCGUAGAUGAUGGUGUGCCUGAUACCAAGCAAUCCGACCGGAGUCCGUGGCUCUGGUGCAUGGUGAUUUCGGUGAUUAGUGUGUGGGAGGAAUUAGUUUUUCGAGAUGCCGAUAAUGUGUUAAACAACUGGCCGCCCCCUCUCUCAUCGAGUGUUUUCGGUUCUUCGGUUGGUGUGUCCUCUGUGGUGCCAACGACGACGACGACGACGACAAGUGCAUGUGUAGUAAAACGAUAUCAAUCAUCGACCGCGGGCGGGCUGGUUGAUUCAUGGUGAAUAGAGGAGCGGAAAUGGCGAUGAUCUAGCUUAGUAGUCCCGCGCGUGUGCGUGUGUGUGAGAGAGAGAGCAUAGAGCGCGCGAAUCGCCGCCAAGAGAUUAGUGUCAAUCCCUCCCCCCGGAUGGAAUCAUUCGGUGGCGGUUUGUUCAAGUGCUUAGCAGGAUCCUGAUAAAUCCCGAUCGAUCGAUGGACGCUCGGAGUUCCAGCAGGUGGCUCCCAACGAGAAUGUGUAGUGCCGCUGGGAGGGGCAGGCGGUAGAAGAGCUCUUCAAAAGACUCCGACCACAAAACCAACGACCAAACGCCAACCGGCGUCCCGGAGGCAGCAGCAUGUUCGAGGCGGAUCAGCUGCUGUCCUCAACACAGGGCGGCAGCAGCAGCAGCAGCAGCGGCGGCGGCUACACCGCCACCAUCCAAUUCUGCCGGCUGUGUUUCAGCCAAUCGACCACCACCACCGACCUCCGUCCGUUGUUCGCCUCGGCGACGGGGGCCAACAACAUUCCCAACAAGGCAUUGCUUCACAAAAUCUUCGACUGCACCACCAUAACGUUAAGCAACCGGGAUGAUCAUGAUGCACGAAUCUGUGCCAACUGUAUCGUCAGUAUUGAGGCCUUCUACAAGUACAAAGUGCGCUGCGUCGAGAAUGAUCGGUUGCUGCGUGCCAAGCGGUUCAGCUUCUUCGCCGGUCUCGGACUGGCGGCCGAUUUGUGCUGGAGAGGAACAGAAGGAGCGGGAGAUGAAGCAGAAACAUCAACAGUUCCACCUAUCAACCACAAGCGACGGCGUGAUCCUCCUCCUCAGUACAAUCACCUUCAUCACUCCCACCGGCAGCAGCAGGAGGAAUCAAGUAGAAGAGCACUACUACCACCACCGGUGGACGAGGUGUUCGAUGUGUAUGACAGUGACGACGAGCGGGAUGAUUGUAAACGGCAACGCACGGCAACGGAUGAUGAGCCUCUGGUCGUGACCAGUGAUGGCGAAGAGUUGCCUCUGUCGAGGAGUAGGAUACCAGCAGUUAUGACAAAUGGACAUCACAUCAAACAGGAAAAGGACGAAGAAGUAGGGGACGAGACGGAAAGACGGAAGAAUGGAAGCACCGUAACACCGGAACACCGGAAUGGUGACAGUGUGGACAUGAUGGACCACGGAAUGCGCCAACCGGUGCCAGAUGAAAUGGCGAAGGAUGACGAAGAGGAGGAUGAGGAAGAGUACUUCAAUCCGGACCAGUUCCUAGCGCAAGAGACGCAGAUCGAAGAAGAGGACGAGGAGGAGGAUUCUGAUAAGAGGAUACCACUCGAUAGUGGAAGGUCAUGCGAUCCGAUUCGCGCCACCGCUGUUGGUGACGAUGUGAGCGCAGAGAUCAGCUCAUCCGAUGGUGGUGAUGUCCAUAUCGGUGGUUCAUUCGAGCACCAGCUGGCAGCAAGCUGGAAGAUGACGGAGUAUGCUGCCUCCGCUGCCAGCGGAGGUCGUGGUUUCGAGCACCAUUUGCUGACCCCCGGUUCAUCCGGGCUGCGAGCGCUGAAGAUCACCGACUACUCCAGCGUGACGGGCAAACGGGGACGCCCGCAACGUUUCGAGACGGAUGCAUUCCUAGCGGCGGCAGCGGCUGCAGCCGGACAACACCACAAUCUGAUGGCAUUCCACGAGGAACUGCAACGAUUGCAGAACGGUGGAAUGUUGAUUGGAGCGGGAGGAGCAGCAGCGGCUAGGUUAUCGUUACCGGUACCAGUCAGCAAUCAACAGCAGCAGCAGCAGCAGCAACAGCAGCAACAGCAACAGCCAACACCCGUAAGCCGACCCCUAGGUCCGAACGGAUCCAUCAUCGAGCAUACGAAGAAAGUCCAAAAGUUUUUGGAUGAUGGGCUGCGGGAGCUGAUCUACAAUGCCGGUGCACCGAAUCCACAUGCCGCUCGUGAUGGUGGUUCAACGGCAUUCAAGGUGGUGAAGGCGCGCUUCAACUCGUACAACAUCAUCUUCGACGACAAUCGGUUUCUGCGGCGCAACAAAUCGGUCAGUGGGCUACCGAAGUGGUACUGGGCGUGCAGUGUGACCGGAUGCCCGGUGAAGAUCUGCAGCUACGCUGGCCGCUUGUUUAAAACGAACGAGC